ACGGAUAUAAUUCAAUAGGCGGAGACAGGGAUUCUCGAUUUCCUGUCUGCUCUUUUGUGUGUGCAAACGUGUUUGCAGUGCAUCAUGGGUCGCCUGGACGGGAAAGUGAUCGUGCUGUCAGCGGCCGCACAGGGAAUUGGUCGCGCAGCAGCCAUAGCAUUUGCCAAAGAGGGAGCGCAUGUCACCGCAACUGAUAUCAAUAGUGAGAAGCUGAAAGAACUGGACAGCUAUCCUAGUAUUAAGACCAAGGUUGUGGACGUGACCAAACGGGAUCAAGUUGAGGCCUUGGCCAAAGAGCUGGACCACGUUGAUGUACUCUUCAAUGUCGCAGGUUUUGUUCAUCAUGGGACAAUCCUGGACUGUGAUGAGAAGGACUGGGACUUCACCAUGAGCGUCAACGUGCGCAGCAUGUACCUGAUGAUCAAGGCAUUUCUGCCCAAGAUGUUGGCUCGCAAGACUGGGAAUAUCAUUAACAUGGCAUCUGUGGCAUCUAGUAUAAAAGGUGUGCCACAACGGUGUGUCUACAGCACUUCAAAGGCUGCUGUGAUUGGACUCACCAAAUCUGUGGCUGCUGACUUCAUAGAGCAGGGAAUUCGCUGCAACUGCAUCUGCCCAGGGACUGUGGACACUCCGUCACUGCGAGACAGAAUCCAGGCCAGACCUGACCCAGAACAGGCCUUGAAAGACUUCCUGGCCAGACAGAAAACAGGCAGGAUGUGCACAGCUGAAGAAGUGGCCCAUCUCUGUGUGUACCUGGCCUCGGAUGAGUCUGCCUAUGUUACUGGAACGGAACACAUCAUUGAUGGAGGCUGGAGGCUCUGAAGUCUUACUUUGGACCCAAGAAGGCAUCAGCUGUAUGGGAGCUUCUAAAUGUAACAUUUCAGCACUUACAUGACAGCCUUUUUUCUUUCUCUAAAAUAAUUAAAAAUAUGAUAUAUAUAUAUUUACUUUUUGCCUAUAAUCAUCUGGAAAUUGAUCUUGCCACAAUGCCUUAAAAUAAUAGUUUACUUACUGGAAUUUUUAAGAUAUUUCAAUUUCAGUGUAUGUUUUUGAUUUUAGAAUAUUUGAAACUGUAAAGAUGACUAUUAUAGUGCCCCUUCAGAAGUUGUACAAGGUCUGACUAACAUAAGAUGUUGUUGAGGGAUAAAUGUUGUUAACUGUAGCCUCCUGUGUGAUCUUAUAAAAUGGAUGAGUUGUCUUCCACUGGGAUAUACCUGCAGGGGCUAGCUUGAGCCUUGACAGAACAAAGGCACCAGAGAUAAGGACCUUACAGAAUUAAUUUUUGCCUUAAUAGGAUCGGAUUAACCCUUUCCAUCCAGAGCUAUAAAUAGACUGGAACAAUCUGCCAGAUCUGUCUAACACUUCAGAGUGAAAAUGUCGAUUAUUGUUCCCUAUUUGCACUGCAGUCUGAUUCAAUCUUAUUAAGUUUAACCCAACAUUUACAUAAUUUGUAAUAAACUCCUCUUCAUUAGAGAAUCCAUUGUCGUCUGUUGCAUUACAUAAAUGUCUUCAAGAAUAGUUUUCAAAGCAUUGGAAAUGUAAAUAUUUACAAAGCCCAUUAAAAAGGAACGCAUAUGA